AUGGCAAAACUUUCUCCUACGGGUAGCUCUUCUGUGGGCGAGGUUCUUCUGUGGUUCUUCACUUGGGCGGGUGUGGGUUCUCAUGCGGGUUGGAAAAAAAAAAUUCCUAUGGCAGACUUUCUCUUACGUGUGGUUCUCCUACGUGUGGCUCUUCUCACUUCGGUGGUUCUUCCUUUGGGCGGGUGUUCCUUCCUGCGGGAUCUACUGCGGGUUGGAAAAAAAAUUCCCAUGUCAAAACUUUCUUCGGUGGUUCUUCCUUUGGGUGGUUCUUCUACGGUGGCUCUUCCUGUGGACGACUCUCCCUGUGGAUUCUUCUAUGAUGGCUCUUCUUGUGGGCGACUCUUCCUGUGGGUUCUGCGGGUGGAAAAAAAAAUUCCUAUGGUAAUACUUCUUUCUCUUACGGGUGGUUCUUCCUUUGGGCGGGUGUUCCUUCCUCUCUUCCUAUGGGCGACUCUUCCUGUGGAUUUUCGUGCGGGUGGAAAAAAAAAUUCUUAUGGCGAAACUUUUCCUACAUGUGGCUCUUCUCGUGGGCGACUCCUGUGGGUUCUCCUGCGGGCGGAAAAAAAAUUCCCACGACAAAAUUUCUUUUUCCUACGGGUGGUUCUUCCUCUGGGCGGGUGUUCCUUUUUGUGGGUUCUUCUGUGGGUUGGAAAAAAAAAUUCUUAUGCCAACCUACGUAUGGUUCUUCGAUUGGGUGGUUCUCCUACGGGUGAGUUCUUCUGCGAUGGCUCUUCUUGUGGGCGACUCUUCCUGUGGGUUCUUCUGCGAGUGAAAAAAAAAAAAAUUCCUAUGGCAAUACUUCUUUCUUCUACGGUGGUUCUUCCUCCUAAGG